UUGCGAUUUAAAUGGACGGUCGCGAGCGAGAGCGCGCGCGCGGGGCUGAGCUGAGCUGAGGGGCUGAGAGCGCGAGCGGCAUGAGCCAGCACGCGGGGCAGGUGGCGCCGCAGUCCAGGUCCUUCCUUGGACCCGGCCGCAACCCUCAGCCCGCGCCGCCGGCCAAAGGCAAGGCCACGGCGGCGAUCGUGGUCGGCGCGGCUGACGAUGUCUUCCCGCUGGCCGCCCGCCGGGCGCUCGCCUCUCUGAACAGGGAGGCGGCGCGGCAACGGCGGGCGCAGAGAGCGGAGCAGAGCCGGCGGCGCAAGGCCAAGCGCACCGUGACGGUGGACAGCUCCCGGUCCAAGACGUCGACUGAGGCGCUCAGGAUCUGCGUCCAGCAGCUCAAGUGGAGGGAGUUUUCAUCGGGACGUCACCUCUUUUGUGACAUCUAUUGGCAUGGAGUGUCGUUUCAUGAUGGUGAAGUUAGCUGCUCAAGUCAAGUCAACAAAUAUCCAGGAAUGAUGGAAAUGACACGUAAAAUCAAUUUUAGCCGAGCAGUUCGAACCAUGCAGGAAUUAUUUCCUGAUGAAUACAAGUUUUACCCUCGUUCUUGGAUUUUGCCAGAAGAAUACCAACAUUUUGUAGAUCAGGUACGUUUGUCAAAAGAAAAUGAUUCAUCUUGGAAGCCUACCUUCAUUGUGAAGCCAGAUGGAGGAUCUCAGGGUGAUGGCAUCUACCUCAUUAAAGAUUCUAGUGAUAUCCGAAUAAUGUCUAGCCUCCACAGCAAGCCAGCAGUGGUGCAGGAAUACAUCAGCAAGCCAUUUCUGAUCGACAGACUGAAAUUUGACAUUCGUUUGUACGUCUUACUCAAGUCAAUAGAUCCUUUGGAAAUCUACAUAGCUAAAGAUGGACUAUCUAGGUUUUGUACAGAACCAUAUCAGGAGCCUAACAGCAGAAAUUUCCAUCGUGUAUUUAUGCAUUUAACAAACUACUCUUUGAAUGUCCACAGUGGAAAUUUUGUCCAUUCUGACAGUGCAAACACAGGAAGUAAAAGGACAUUUUCUAGUAUUCUGGCCAAGCUCUCUCUGAGGGGCUAUGAUGUGAAGAAAGUAUGGUCAGAUAUUAUUACAUUGGUAAUUAGGGCUAUUAUUGCACUGAUUCCAGAAUUAAAAGUUUAUCAUCAAAUAUAUAUUCCUCCAGGGAAGCCUGGGCCCACAUGUUUCCAGAUUUUAGGAUUUGAUAUUCUCCUCAUGAAAAACUUGAAGCCUGUUUUAUUGGAAGUGAAUGCCAAUCCUAGCAUGAGAAUAGAACAUGAACAAGAGAUUGCUCCAGGAGUGUUUGAAUAUGUUCCUAGUCCUGUGGAUGAAGAAGUUAAAGUGGCUGUCAUUAGAGAUACACUUCGUUUGAUUGAUCCGACAUUUAAAAAAAACGUCUCUCAAACGCAAUCCACCGAAUAUUCAGCAGAAAAUGACGGAGAGGACACAACCGAAUCUGAUGCACAAAGCAAGGCUGAAGCUUCAUCUGGCGCAGUGCAGAAUUGGCCUCCCCUCUGCCUGAAACAAGUGUUUCCUAAGUACACUCGACAAUUCAGCUACCUGCUGAUUGUGGAACGUAUAGCACUACUGUUUAUCAGAUUCUUGGGCAUUAAAGGAACAUUGAAGCUAGGUCCAACUGGGUUUCGGACCUUCAUUAGGACCUGUAAACUCAGCAACAGCAACCUGCCCAUGGCAUCUGUUGACAUAUUAUACAUUGACAUCGCACGUCGGUGGAACAUCAUUCGUGGAGAGCGAGGGGAAUCUGGUAUGUGCCUACAAGCAUUUAUGGAUGCCAUCUUCCACAUGGCCCACAGGAGGUACAAGUCCCAACCACUUCGAGAACAAGUUGAGGCACUGGUCAAUUUUUGUGAAUAUCAGUUGGAAGCACUGGAUGAAAAGCACUUUCUGCACAACCGUACGCCAGACCUAAAACCUAGCUUGACUAUGUAUCACCCUGAAAGGCCUCGCUCUGGUGCUGUCAGCAAUGUGCACUUAUUAAAUCGUAUGAGCACUUCCAAUAGAUUGCUGACAUCAUCAUUACCUGUAUCGAUGGAGAAACAGCAUGUAAAGUCCAUGAAUCGAAGAGUAACUGCAUGUUCGCCAGCAGGUUCAAUAAUUCCCAGUGGAAGGAGCAGCCUGGGCUGCAGGUUUUGUCGUAACAACAAUGAAAGUUGCUCUGUGGUUGGCCUAAACGAUGUGCGUUCUCAACAGGUCAAGCUGACACAGAUGUUGCCUUCUUGUGCAACAUGGUACUCUAUGUAGUCAUCCAGAUGUAGAAAGCAGCACCCCAUCGACCCCUCCUCACUGUCAUAGGGGCUCAUUUUUACACGGUUUCUGUAGAAAGGUGAUCCCUUCCCUGUGAGACAGCUAGUGAAUUACAAAUAUUUCAGACGAAAUUCUACCAUAACGAGCUUCCCUGCAUACCAAGCCUGAUGAAUAAAGGGAACUUUAACCAAACAUUGGAAAUAGACAUACUAUUCAGUUCCGUCCAUUUUAGACAUUUUACAUUUAAUACAGAGCCUGCUGCUGUCUGAAUUCUGGCCUUGUUCAUUUACAUAAAUUUUGAAACAAGUUUUUGACAGUGGUUGUUUUCUAUUAUUGGCAUGAUCCUCUGUGUAAUGAUCAUUGGCAUGUUCUUAUGAAACAGGGUCUCCUGUCAGUGAAAUCAAAUGGCAGACACACUACAUUAUUUUUUAAUUCAAUUUCUUCUGUCAACAAUUUGCCAGGUCAUCAUUGGCACAGAGAAAGACACUCAUUUGUGUAUAUAUGAGUUUUUGUACAGAACCCCUUGUAUAUUAAAAUUUAUUAGGCUAGAAAUUGUUUUAGAUGAAAAGAGUGCAUAAACCAUGUCUGCAUCGCUGUUACAUUUGUUCAUCCACUAUUAAAAGUCAAGAAGUGGGCUGUGUAUUGUAAUAUAUUUAUUCCGCAUCAUCUGCAACAAACAGUUAUUUCUAACCUAUGCCUUUUGCUAUCUUUAUACUUUAGUGGCAUUGUAAUGUUCUACUUAUUCAAGUAGUGGAUCAUAAAACAAGAAAAUUACAUUUAAUAUUCUGCUGUAGGGGAUUCACAUUUUUGUAAUAAAACCAUUCAACUGCAAGACAUUGGUUAUAGAGUUUACAAGAUAGCUAUGAUAAAAGCUUCUGCAGCCUGUUGUACCACAAUUCUCAUGCUACUUAAUUAAAGGGACUGUCCACCCAAUCAUUAAAGAGAACUCUGAUAGUCAGACAAAGUUAAGUUGCACCUUGUGUUCUUAUUUUCAGUACAAAUGCAGAAGUUCAGCAUACCCAAACUUAGAACUGGCAGAGAACACGCUGCUCCAAACUCACAUGCUGUGAAAAUAAAGCUCGAUAAAACAGAUACUGGUCACGGCAGUAUUUCGCUUCCGUAUAUCAACAAUGGAAGU